AGCAAUCCGCCCGCAUGGGCCUCCCAGAGCGCUAGGACUCCAGGCCUGAGCCACCACGCCCGGCCCACACAAACUUUAAGCUUCCGAAUAUUCUGGUCAAAUGACUAGUCGCUCGGCGGAAAUGGUGAUCUCACGGACGACAAAGUUCCUCACACGGACACUUACACAGUCACACAAGUGUGUAUCUCUGCUAAACGGUCCCAGUCACACACACUCAAGGACCCACGCAGCCAGAUCCAAACGCCGCACACCGGCACAACGAUCCCCGCGCACACAGCGGAGGUCACCUGCUCACUCGGUCACUUCCAACCACAGGCAGAAACUCCCACGGACUGCACUCCCACCGCCACAGACCUACCCGCGGCGCCCCAGGGGCUCGAUCCGCACCUCAGUGUUGACACGGCAAAAUAUAAAAUGUUUGAGGAAAGUGAUCUGUCUACAGAACCAUCUGGGUGCUGAAUUUAGCCUUCCUCUUUUGAACAGAGGGAACUCGAGGACUUCAGUCCAGUCGCUCAAAAGACCCGCACCCGGACAAACAACUAAAGGGCAGAAGAAACCCCCGCCCUUUUCACUUCCUCAAAUGCCCAUUGGCUGACUCUACUGUAAGUCCUGCUGUCCUCCUAUCACCGCAGCAAUUUGGUCUCCCGGCCCGUACUCUCAUUGGUCCUCCCCGCCGUCGCUCUACGCCAGGGGCGUUUCAGAGCCGGCCACUGAGAGUCUCUGGACUCCAGAUUUAAAAAACGCCGACGGAGAAGUAGGCGGGGCGGGCGAUUUGAACGCUAGGUGCUACUGAAGGCGGCGGGCCCGUCCGGGAUUCGCCCCUACGUCAGCCUUUCUCUCCCAGACUCAGAAGUCAGAGCUCUCGGAGCGGUGGGGCUGGUCGCCGGGACCCUCUGCGGCCCGCCAUGGGACCGCGCCGGAGGCGCAAGCCCGAGACCCCGAGGAGGCGCGAUGAGAGCGCGACCCCCGGCCCCGCGCGGCGGGGCCCCUCCGUAGGCCCUUCCCCCCGCCAACAUCGUCAGAGGAAAUUUGGGUGGUUACGGGAGAUCCGAAAACUUCAGAAGAGCACACACCUCUUAUUAAGGAAGGCCCCCUUCAGCCGAGUGGCAAGAGAAGUAUGUGCUAAAUUCACUCGUGGUGUGGACUUCAGUUGGCAAGCCCAGGCCCUGCUGGCCCUACAAGAGGCUGCAGAAGCAUUUCUAGUUCAUCUCUUUGAAGAUGCUUAUCUCCUCACUCUACAUGCUGGCCGAGUUACUCUUUUCCCAAAGGAUGUGCAGCUGGCCAGGAGGAUCCGAGGCAUUCAGGAAGGGCUCGGCUGAGCUCCUACGCCGGUGUUUCUGGAUGAUGCAAGGGACUCUCUGGAGCCACAGCUAGAUCCAAUGGAGUCUGAGAUCCUGCCUGGACUUUGCUAUCUCUGAGCACUGUGUGCAUGUUGCUUUUAAAAUUUUUUUUCUUUAAGAAGGAGAAGACAGCAUGACUUUCCUCUGUAACAGAGGUAAUAUAUGAAACAAUCAACACAGUUCCAAAGGCCUGAAAAUUAUUUUUAGAUAAAGAGAUUCCGAGGUUGACUUUAGUUUGUGAGUUACUCAUAUGACUAUUUAAGGAUUUUGAAGAUAUCAAAUGUACUAUGUUAUGGGAGAAAAUGAAGUUUACUUAUUAUUUUAGAUCCUUUUGUACAAUUUACAUCUUUUACCAUUUGUAUUUUUAUUUUAAACAUAAGGGAAAAAUAAGAGAAGACCACUUUGAUCAGUUGCAUGGAAGGGCCCAGCAUGUCUAGCAUACAGAUCUCUGCCUUUCAGGUCAGGUCAACUUCAUCAUUAGUGGCAGCAUCAAGUUCCUGAGUGAGCUGUGCUUGUCCACAAACAUGUAACUUUUCAAAAACUUAAUUGGAGUUAAAUGGAAAAUCUUUAUGGUUUGAUGUUCUCGUUCCUUCUAGUAAUUCCUAUCAAAAUCAUUCAGAAUUUCUAACUACAUUCUAAAUGUGGAAUCUAACAUUUUAUUCUCACUUGCAAAUCACAGAAGGUAUAUCAGUCUAGGAUUUUAAAGUGACUUUUCAAUGUUUUUAUAGGUGUUUUUAUAGCCUCUUUGUGGAGUGAUAAUAAAAAUAAUUUUUUAAUGAAAAAAUUAAAAGGAAGUUACUGCAAUAGCAAAGAUUAUACUAUAUUUUUUGUAUGUAAACAUUAAGUUCUUCAUUUGUACCCCAUUUGCAAACAGUGACAAUUUAAAUAAGAAUUUAAGGAUGCAGUUUUGCCUCUGAUAGAGUUUCUGCAGAUAAAAACUUUGCCCUUCUGUCGUAACUGAGAGCAAUUUAAGACAUUUCCAGAGAAAUGAGAAGUACCACCCAAAGAUUUGAGAUCUGUGUGUGGUGAAAAUGAUUAGUGAGGGCACACUACUAAUAAUGAUGUGGCAGUCAGCUGAGUUCAGACACAGACUAAAGGGACCCACCAAGUUCUAUUUAAUGAAUUUUAAGCCUUUGGAAAACCUCUUCCUGUUUGAUGAGAACUUAUUAUUUGUGCAGAUAUUCAA